AUGGGCACCAAACAGACCAAAGGUGCCGGGUGCCAAGAGGCUGGGCCCAGCCCACAGCACGGGUGGAAACGGACCCCUACCAAAGAGAGGGGUGACAUCUUUACCUCCUUCAUGUUGAGGUCAGGGGACCGGCUGAGUCGUGGAGGGUCCCCUCCGCCCUACCAGCGCCGGAUAGGCAUGAUCCAGGAGAUGAUGCUGAUGGCCAAGCAAGGCAAACAGGACAAGGCCACAGAGAUGCUGCAGACACUCCGGCAGGACUUGGGGAUGGAGUCCACGUCUCUGGAUGACGUGCUGUACCGUUACGCCAGCUUCAGGAACCUGGUGGACCCCAUCACCCACGACCUCGUCAUCAGCCUGGCCAGAUACAUCCAGUGCCCCCCCAAGACAGGCCCGGAUUCUCUGGGUGCCAUGGAGAAGGUAUGUCGCCAGUUGACCUAUCACCUGAGCCCACACUCACAGUGGAGACGGCAGGGCAUACUGAAGAGGAAGCCGCUGGCUUGUCUCAAGGUCAUGUUGUCGACCCCUCCCCCUAACGGGGCGCUGGACCUUUCGGGCAUCCCCCUGACGGUGCGUGACAUGGAGCGCCUUUGUGCCUAUCUGCAGCGCCACGCGCCCAUCAUCUGCAGCCUGGAGCUGGGCUUCACCGAGCUCACCGAUGACGCCUUCCUCCUCCUCCUGCCCACGCUGGCCGCCCUGCCCCGCCUGGAGACCCUGGCCCUCAACGGCAACCGGCUGACCCGUGCCGUCCUCAAGGAGCUGACGGACAGCCUGAAGGACCCGGCCAGCUUCCCCAGUGUCACGUGGAUCGAUCUGGGCAACAACGUGGACAUCUUCUCCCUGCCCCAGCCCUUCCUGGUGAGUCUGAGGAAGCGCUGCCCCAAGCAGGGCAACCUGCCCACCAUCCUGGAGUUUGGUGAGAGCCAGGCCAGCGAGCCUGAGGGGAGGAUUGAGGAGAUGAUGGAAGAGUUGCUGGACUUUGACCUGGAGGUGCAGGGGAAGGAGAACGAGAUCGAGGACAGCAUGUGGACAAUGGAGGAGCAGAGGAGGGAGGAGACACGGGGACAGGGAAUUAGGAAGAUGGUGGAGAGGGCGGAGCUAGAGGAGGAAGACACACAGAGUGAGUCCUCCCACUUGUCGUGCUCCAGCCAAUCGCAGCAUUCCUCAGGAGUGGUUGAGCUGAUGAAGGAGGAUGAAGGAGAGGAGGGGACUGAUCACUUAAACCACCUAACCUGA